AUGUCUUUCUUAACCAUACCAAGCCAAGAGGGCCUGUUCACCACGAUUAAAUCCAGCAAGUCCGCCGGAGAGAUGGAGGGUCGCGCAUGCACGGACGCCAACGAGGAAAACGGCGACGAAGAGGACGACGAGGACGACGACACCGAGGAUGUCCGGCUCAUCCCCAGGUGUUCCCCGGUGCCCAGGAAGCGGGGCUCGUCCAUCUUCGACGAGACGGCCGAGUACAUGCGCAUCCACCAGGCGCUCUCCGCGGGGAAGAGGGUGUCGUUCGCCGACACAACAGGUGGAGAUCUGGUGGACGUGCGCGAAUUCGCAGCCUUCGACUCGGACGAGGAGGACAGCGCGAAGUGGGAGGAGGAGGAGGCGAAAUACCGCAAAGCCGAGCGGGAGCCGACCUACAGAGUGAACCCGGAGUUCCACGCUCCGGGGAGCGGCGCGCUGCUGCAGGCUGUGCGCUCCCACAAGGUGGAAGUCGAGCAGAUAUCCCCGGUGGAGGACGAGCCGCUGGCGUUCAGCGGAGUAAUCCGUGUGCUGAACAUCUCCUUCCACAAAGCGGUGUACAUCAGAUCCACCAUGGACAGCUGGGCCACUUACUUUGACCACCCGGCAGAGUAUGUGCUCGGAUCCAACGACGGGGACACGGAUCGGUUCUCCUUCAAGCUGUCUUUUGCGCCACCUUACACCACGCACGGCUCACGCAUUGAGUUUGUCGUGCGCUAUGAGACGUCCGAUGGCGAUUACUGGGCCAAUAACUCCUCCAUGAAUUACGCCGUGACGCUGCUUUUGUCCUAUGAAGACGACCCGGGUCAGCCCAGCACUGAUGUGGCACAAAAAAGAAGCAUCCUGAAGACCCCCAGAGCCUACAGCUCGGAUGAUGACGUGUUUUCAGGGGACGAUCAGGAGGAAGGAGAAGAGGAACCAGAGAUUUCACCAGCAGAAAUAGUCAGGCCUUCGGCUGUGUAUCCGGUCAUCGUACAACCCGAGAUCGACGUCGAGAAAGCGGUUCAGAAGUCUGCAUCCUCUGCCACACCUGAACACGGGCCUCCAUCUGCUGGUGGCGCACCGUCCACUCCCGCCAUAUUCCCAGACCAACAAUUACCUUCGGCGUCUUCCGAAAUCGACCUUCCAGCUCACUCGGCCUUUGCACUGCAUGCCGGUGAAUCCGUCCAACCAGAUAAGCCUCAGCCGUCACAUUUACUCCGCUGGGAUUCUGAGAACCACACGUCAGAGCACUCUGGGCACAGUUUCCCCAUUGCAGCGCUGUCUCUCUCAAGUCCUUCAUCUCACGAAUCCGAGCGGAGAUCAGACGACUCUCAGGCUGAGAGAGUGGAAAAGCCUGCUUUAGAAGCUCCUCUCUUAUGUCCUCCUGUAGCAAAGAUGAGUCUGCUGUCAACAGCGGGAGAGGGUUGGAUGGCUGCUGAGUGUGUCUCCUGUCCCAGUGUGACCGAGGCCCUGGAGCGAGAAGCUGCAGUGGGACUGAAUGAACUCGGAGAAGGAUUUUCUGAAGUCUCCACAACACCUGCGGCAUAUCAUGCAGACAGACCACCUGAAGGCGAGACUCAUGGACCCGUGGAAGCAGAGGAUGAAGGUCCACUAUCACCAGAGCUCGCCGAAAGUCCCUCAGUGAACAUCACCGAGGUGAGCCAAGAUGUAGCGCCUCGAUCUCUCUCAGCUUGGAAUGACAAAGAAGAGCCUGCCUGCAUUUCUCUGCACACCUCGUUAGAAAAUGCACCGAGCGUGUUGUCAGACGUUUCCGAGAUGAUGUUUGCGGAUGACUUCAGCAAUAAUCUGAUGCCAUGCGUCUUCUUCCUGACGGCAGUUGUUUCGCUCUCGCUAGUGAUGCAGGCCCCCAGUGCCCUCUUCUUCAUUGGGCUGCUUCUGGUUUUGCACGGUUUGUGAAUUUGCUCCUGAGGUUCAGUCUGAUCUCCUGUCAUGUCAAGUGCCUUUUAAUGAUUCCAAAAAAACAAACAAAAAAAAAAACAACCACAAAGAGUUUAACAAUAGACACAUCUCCCUCUGAUGUCGUGCAAAAUCUAAUUUACAGAGCCUUGCAAAAGUAUUGACCCCCGUUGAACUUUUUCACAUGUUACGUUACAACUACAGCAUAAACUCAUGUAUUUCAUUGGAGUUUCAUGUGACAGACAACCACAAAGUAGUGUGUUACAGUUAAAUGGGUACUUGCUCUUCAAAUUUUUUCAAAAAUAGAUCUGAAAAGUGUGGCGUGCAUUUAUUUUCCUCUCUCUUUACUCUGAUUCCCCUUAAUAAAAUACAAGGCUGUUAAUCAUCCCCCAGAAGUUCCCUAAUUAGUACACAUGGUCCAUUGGUGAGUAGAUGAAUGUAAAUCCAGUGGUUCUGUGAAGGCAUCGGAGGUUUGUUAGAGAAGAGGAGUUUACGUAGACCAAGGAGCACAGCAGAGGUCAGGGAUACAAUUGUGGAGAACUUUAAAGCAGAGUUAGAUUAUAAAACAACAUCCCAAAGCUUUAAACAUCACACAUUGUGUAUAAUGCAUCAUAAAACGUAGCGAGUAAGGCGAAUGAAUGGCAUGACUGUCCAUUUAUGCUGGCAAGCUAGGAGAGCAUUAAUCAGAGAAGCAGUCCAGGGUUUUGUGUUUUUAUGGCAAAGAUCCGCAGCUCAGGUGAGGGAAGCUGACAGGAAAACAUUAGCUGCGUCUGAAAAAGUUGGAAACAGAACAGAGUCGUUGCUUAAAGAUUAUCACAAAAAAAAACUUUUUUAAGGUUUGUCUCAAGUCAUGUAGAGGAAAGCAAACGUGUGGACGAAGCUCGGCUGAUCAGUUGAGGUUUAUGGUCGGCUUGUAGAACAUUAUUUGUCAAGUAAAACGGCCGCUGCAUAUCGCCCUGAACAAAUAAUCCCCACAGUGACACAUGGCGGUGGCAGCAUCCUCCUGCUAGUUUGAGCUAGAUUUGCAAAGUUUUAUAGAUCCAUAAAACCUCCAGCUCUAAUCACACCAGAAGGGGAUUCUACAAAUUAUUCCCUCCUGGACGUGGCAGGCAUAUUCAUGUCAGAUUUUUAUUUGCAAAAGGCCAAAACUGUAUAAUUUCCCUUCGACCUCACAAUUCUGAACUGCUUUGGUUUGAUCAAAUAUAUAAAAUCAACAUAAAAUACACUGAAGCUUGUGGGUGUAAUGUAACAAAAGUGGAAAACUUCAAGGGGAAUGAAUACUUUUGCAAGGUAGUGUAUGUCCUUAUAAGACACUAUGUUGCAGAAUAUGAACAGGAAAUGACAUUUUCUUCAUUAAUAUUAUUGUCCCUUAAUCAAAGUAAAUUCUUUAAAGUUUUUGUGUGGGUGAUCUAUAAAGUAUAUAUUUCUUGUUGUGUAAAGAUAGUCUAUGUGGUGUCGUUCAGUUAGUGUUACAGUGCACUUUCUAUUACAAUCAUCAAAUGUAGCAAAGGGUCGGGUUCUGUAUUGUUCCUUUACUAGAUAAACGACCAGUGAGUGCCUUAAAGUCUAAUACCACUGGAGAUCACAAGGCUGUAUCCUCAAAGCGUCUUAGAUUUGUAGGGACCACUCACUCUAAAACAACUUUUAAAAAUGGUUUUAUCGUUAUGUCUCCGGAUUAACUGUUGAACUCUUUACAAUAAUGUAAAAAAAAAAUCAUAUUAGGUCUUAAAAACAAGGUUUAUUUAGGCAGAGCUCACUUUAAUAAUAUCCCCGUGGAAGUGACUGACGACGCUGCUGUGGGACCCAACAAGAUGGAUUUGAGUUGGUUCACCAUUUAUGGUUGUGUGCUGGUCGAAUGGGUCACACAUUUAUAUUGGCUUUGUUAAUUGGAUAACUGAUAUUCUAGUGAUCCACAUGUCCCUAUUAUUCUAGAAAAUUUUUUAAUUCUUUAUGGCUUCCAUAUAUGAAAGCAUGUGUUUGACAUUUUAGGGGUAAGUGUUCUUUAAAGUGCAGCCUCCCUAAAACCGACAUUUUGUUCAGGCUAGCAGAGGGCGAAUUCUGUAGUUGUAAUAACAUGGUAGUUUAUGUGAAACUCAAUGAGGGAACUUCUUUAAUGGUGUCUCAAGGAUCUAUGAUCUCGAAUUUACCUGCUCUAUGAAUAAUGUUUUGUGAAUUAUGACCCCAGGUAGAGUAAAAUUUGUCAAUAUGUGCAAGAACUUGGUUAAAAGAAGUAUAGGUAAUGCUUGCAAAAGCUGACAAAUUUAACUCUGUCUUUUAGCUUUAGUUACUCUGUAGCCUGGUCAUUGACUGCGACAAUUAACAAAUCCGUCUCAAUUCCCGUGCUCAUUAAUGUUUUUUUUGUGCGUUUGAAUUACGUUCCCAGCUAUAGUAAAUCCAAUCAGUGUGUGUGCAACAAGGUAGGGCUACAAUAGCACAGCUAGUGCUAGCAUAAGCUAACAACUUCUAGCUCCUCCCAUAAGCAUGCGUUAUCCUGUUGAACUCAGAAAUCAAAAUCCAAUAUGGCUGUCAUGGAUUAAAAAGAAACUGUAAAAGCUUGACAAAAAGACUGUUUAUUAGCAUUUGUAAACUUGUUUUUUCUAUAAACCAAACACAAAGAGCUGUACAACUUCUAGUUUUAAACCUAUUGCUGCAGAGUUUAGGUACACAAAAAGCAAUGGGGUGCCUUUUUUUUGUAAUGCUAAUAAUAUUUAGUCUGGUCCCUGACCAAGAUGAGAAAUCCUGCAAACAUGUGAAUGCCACAUGAUUUAUUUGUUCUUUACUGGAUAUUUAUUUGUAAAAUAUAGUCCUAGUUAGGGAACAAUAAGUCAGUGUCUGCUAGAAGGUAUGGCUUCGCAGCACAGCUAGUGCUUGCAGUAGCCGACAACAUUGUGCUCCUUCUGUUAGUGGGUUCGAUUUAACCUCAAAAGUCAAAAUGUCCAAGUUCCAAAAUGUAAUUAUCAGCUAUAACGAUCCUUAAAUUUGCUAACUCCAACUUGGACAGCUGGACGUCCUUCACACAAAAGCUAAGAGUCUAAUAUGGCUGCCAGGUGGAGAGAAAAACAUGGAGGCUGCUGUAAAACACGUUUUGCCUGCAUUUCUGACGUUGUAUCUCACACACGCUAGUCUGUUAAUAAACAUGCUGCAACAUAUUUUAAAUGUACAAAUUGCAAAGAUUAUUUGUUUAUAAUGUUGUUUAGCUAAUAGUUUUAGCUAAUAGACUUUAGCUGUUUUCCAACUCACUACUGGAACACGGUUAACUUGGCUGUGAUAUCGUUCGAAGAUCAAACUCCUAAGGUAAAUGAUGCCCAUUAUAACUAAAGCUUCUUGCCUUAUGCGCGUCGUUACAGCUCAGAACGUUAGCUAGCAAAGCUAAUGGUCCCAACCGUUAUCCAGUAUAGGUCUGAAAAACCUGCCAAUGGCAAUGCCUUGCCACUAACUGAUGCUAGUUUGACUCCUUAACCAACAUUUUGACUAGCAGAAAAGUUGUUAAAGGUUGAGUAAAUGUCAGAGUUAGCAUCAUGAAGCCUUUGGGUGUCAUAGUUCAAAAAGUGUAAAAUAUUUCCACUUUUUAAUCUUAUAGGAAGAGUGCACUGAGAUUGCUUAUGCAGGCAAAGCUCACACCUGGCAGUGACUCAAAAGAGGGAUAACGAGACUCCUCCGUCUUUUCUAAAUAUGGUCGCUCAUGCCUCCAGAAUCUCAAGAUGGUAAUGACCAGCUGCCAAAAUGUUGAGUUUUAAAAUGGUCCACAUAUUCUUGGCUCCCCGAAGUUUGUUGUUUUUUCCAUGUCAAACCAACAUGCUGUGAGGUCAACGUUAAUCACUUGUCAUAUGUGUUGUGGAGUUUGUCUUCAGUGUGGCACAAAACCUCGAGACUCGCUGUAGAAACAGAUUUUUGUUUGUGAAGUGCAUGAGAUCUAUUUUUGCCUUAUUAACUAGUGAACCCAAAAUGGUAACGUAUGUCAGUGUAGGGAGAAAACAUGUGCAGAAAUUAAAAUUAAAAGUUAUAUCAUUCAUGUGAUGACGCAAACCACCUCACUGCUUUUCUUAAACGGGAAUUCCUGUUGAGUCUUGCCAGUAAACCCUUGUUGUUGUUGCACAGCAUCAAACUUUAUAACCCUGUUUCGUGAACCUCACAAAAAGAUUAAAGCACAAAACGAAAUGUUUGAAGUGGUGAAGGUUUUUGCAACAUACUGGAAUUAAACAUGAUCCCAUCCCC